GGAAGGACCGCGCGGGGCCAAGGGGUGACGGCACCGGCACCGGGGGGACGGGACGGACACACCCGAGAACACCGAGAGACCCCCCCGGGGCACCGAGAAACCCUCCCGGGACACCGAGAAACCACCCGGGGCACCGAGAGAUCCCCAGAGUCCGAGGGCACCGAGACUCCGCGAGUGCCGCCGCCCGGCAGGGGGGAGGAGCUCCCCCGGCGCCCCCCGGUGCCCCCCGGUGCCCCCCGGCCCAGGAUGUCCGGCAGCGCCCCGGGAAGGCCGGCGGAGGUGGCAGACUGGCUGGAGCACCCCUUCGAUGAUUCCUUUGGAAGCACCAGUGUCGCUGUGAAGGCCCUGAGAGGCAGCUCUGGGAGACGCCGGAGGCAGCAGCAGAAGGACCCAAGUUCUGUGCCAGAAAACAGCAAAGCCAGGGCUCCUUCCAGGAAAAGGGCAAAGCCCUCUGUGGUGGAUCUGCCCUGUAGCAAGUCCAGGCAGAGCUGGAGCCUGUCCCAGGAUGAGCUGCCAUGGGUGGAGAGAUACAAACCUGAGACUCAGAAUGACCUUGCUGUGCAAAAGAAGAAAAUUGAAGAAGUUGAGGCCUGGUUAAAAAUGCACAUAUUUCAGAGGCAACCAAAGCAGGGUGGCUCUGUUUUGUUGCUGACUGGUCCCCCUGGCUGUGGAAAAACUGCAACUCUGCAAAUUCUGGCCAAAGAUCUUGGCCUUCAGGUGCAAGAAUGGACCAAUCCUGUAUCUUUAGACUUUACAAAGGAAGAGUUAAGAAACAUGUUUGACCAUGACUCCAAUUUUCAUAUGUUUCCGAGCCAGGCCCAAGCAGCUCUCUUUCAAGAUUUUCUAUUAAGAGCAAAUAAGUAUAACAAACUUCAGAUGCUUGGGGAGUCCUCAGAAAGUGAUAAAAAGCUUAUUCUUAUUGAAGACAUUCCCAACCUGUUCUACCGGGACCCCAGCAGUCUGCAUGGCAUUCUCAGGAGAUUUGUUCGUACAAGUAGGUGCCCCCUGAUAUUUAUAAUCUCUGACAACUUCAGUGGAGACAACAACCAGAGGUUACUGUUCCCAACAGAAAUUCUAGAGGAGCUUUGUAUAUCCACUAUUAGUUUCAAGCCUGUUGCACCAACAAAUAUGAUGAAAGUUCUCAAUCGAAUAUCUGCAGCAGAAGCUGGGAUGAACAGAGAGAAAAAUCAUGCCCUUGAUAGAGCUUCUCUGGAGUUGCUUUGCAGAGGUUGUUCAGGUGACAUAAGAAGUGCAAUAAACAGCCUUCAGUUUUCCUCAAGGAAAGACUGCUCUUUGGAGAAGGAGUUUUGGUCGAGGAAGAAAAGGAGCUCCACAAUAAAAUGUGAGGAAGCUGCAGUAUCGAAAGAAAGAAAGAAAAGUAAAUGUGAUACCACAGAAGACCAGGAGAUACAAGCCAUUGGUGGCAAAGAUGCAUCCAUCUUUCUUUUCCAUGCUCUGGGGAAAAUAAUUUAUUGCAAAAGAGAACCAGUGUCAGAGGCAGAAUUCCCUCAGCUUCCUGCCCACCUGUCAGAAUUCCAUCGGGACACAUUGCUCAUUCAGCCUGAGGAUAUUGUGGAAAAAUCACAUAUGUCAGGAGCCAUGUUUAAUUUAUACCUCCACCAGAACUAUGUGGACUUUUUUUCUGAUAUAGACGACGUGGUGAGAGCCAGUGAAUAUCUGAGUGCUGCUGAUGUCCUUUGCAGUAACUGGAGUACACGUCUUGUGAUGGAAAACUACAGUGCCUCUGUGGCUACCCGAGGGGUGAUCCAUUCCAACACAUCCAGGGCCUUUGCCCACCAGCAGGGAGGGAUGGGAUUCCGACCCUUGCAUAAACCCCAGUGGUUUUUUAUCAAUAGAAAGUAUCAGGAAAAUUGCCUUGCUGCCAAAUCUCUGUUCUCAAGCUUCUGUUUACCACCUGAGUGCCUUCAGACAGAGUUGCUGCCUUAUCUUGCUAUGUUAGCAAACCCAAUGAGAAACCAGGCUCAGAUCGCUUUUAUCCAAGACGUGGGGAGGCUGCCACUGAAAAGGCGUUUUGGGAGGUUAAAGCUGGACGCUCUCAGUGACAAGGACCCCGGGACCCCGGAGCUGUUCCGUGGGGAGGGUGAUGGUACCGAUGCGGAGCCGGGGAACAGCAGGACGGGAGAGAGUGAUCCCAGUGAUCCCGAAGGACUCCUGCUGCCCUCCAGCCAGUGCAGUGGCAGUGACCUGCCUGGCAGCCAGCCCCAACCCGUGGCAGCCCAGGCCAUCAUGGAGGAGGAGGAGCUGACAAUAGAGGAAUUCGACAGUGACUGAGCUCCAGACCCCACCCACUGCCUUGCCUGGCCGAGGUGCUGCAAAGGCCUCGGCUGAAGAGAGCGUGGUCUGCCCCAAAGUGCUGCCUAAGCCACAGAGCGGGGCUGGGAGCC